AUGGCGUCGCAAUUUCCUCAGCCCAUUUCCGGUGCCCAGAGCUCCAUACCGUCAUCCUGGGCGCUCGUCUAUACUGAUGCUGUAGCUCAAUAUGCUCAGCAACUAUGGGCAAGAGAGUUGCAAAUCCCAGGAGCUCCUCAGCCGGUCUGGAACAAGGCUCUAAUCGAAGCGGAUGUAAGAGAGGAGAUACUCCAUUUGGUAAAGGAGUUUGGACGCGCAUAUCGGAAUCCAUACUAUUUGAACUGGAGCUGCAAGGCCUACAACGCCUUUGUAGGGGGUCAGGAUGGUGAUAAUGAUGACUUCGAGUUUAAUUUAGCCGCAUUGUAUCCCCCACUGGACAAUGUCGUUGAGUCUGGGCCGGCAUGUAUAGUGGACAAGCGAGGCGCCAUUGGCUUGUUCUUGGUGCCCGACGCUCUGAUGACGAGUCGGCAGGCCAAAAUAUUCGAAAGCAUUACCACGGUUAAUGCCACAUUUGAGAAAGCCAAGAACCGACCGCUCACAAAAGGCAAGAGCGGGAUAUGGAGACAAGGAGGAGAUCUGUUCGCACCCGAUGGUGCCGGAUUACAGGCCACCCCUGGUCUUGCCACGUUCGGCAUUCGACAGAUGCAAGGUCAUGAGCGAGGCGUCAUUGCCUUGUUCUUGGUGCCCGACGCUCUGAUGACGAGUCAGCAGGCCAAAAUAUUCGGAAGCAUUACCACGGUUAAUGCCACAUUUGAGAAAGCGAAGAACCGACCGCUCACAAAAGGCAAGAGCGGUAUAUGGAGACAAGGGGGAGAUCUGUUUGCACCCGAUGGUGCCGGAUUACAGGCCACGCCUGGUCUCGCCACGUUCGGCAUUCGACAGAUGCAAGGUCAUGAGAAACCUGGCGAGGACAUUCUGGUUGCGGCGGACCUCGGCAAGGCCGGCAGCCCAUCGGCAUCGUCGGCAUCACAGCGUACUGCUCAGGAUUGGGUGUCUCAGUCGCUAGUCUUCGGAGGUCUGAUGUCGGCAGCGUUGAGUAUGCUUCAUCCGGAGCAGUAUGCUCUAUCCCGCGAAUGCAUGAUUCGUCUUGCUCUGCAGCAUCCCGAUUUGGAAAGUAUGCUGAAGAUCUGGCCUUUCACUUUCAAUGCUCUCGCACUCGUGUCAAACCGUGCCACGCCCAUUCAUCGCGAUCGUCAUAGCGGAGACGCGGACUACCUGGACGGCAUGUGCACCAUUGGAGGCGAUGGGAGGGUAGCCAUCGAGUUCAAGGGGUUGGGGUUCAAAGCUCGAUACCGGUCCGGCACCAUGGCAUGGACGUCGUACUACAUGCAUUUGCACUCCGUGUCGCACUCUCCUGACGCUGAGCGUAUCGCCUUUGCUGCAUACGUCAAGCAAUCCGUACAGCUCGAUACUGGACUUGAUCCGCCCCGCACUCCAACUUUGUCCGGCAUGAAGGAGGCCUUGAUCGAACAAAUCAAGGCCCAGAAAUCCAAGGGACGGGUUGGCAAGUGA